AUGGAAUCUUCUGAAUUGAACGAUUCAACACGACAAAUGAUGUUAUUACGUCUUCCACCUGAAAUAUUAGGGAAAAUAUUUCUUUUAACAACUCUUCAAACACGUACAAAAACGAUCGCAAGCGUUUGUAAAUCAUUAAAUUAUUUCAUAUUUAAUCAUGAUAUUUUAUGGUCAAGGCUAAAUUUAAAUACACUCGCAAAUAUCUCUGAUGAAACAAUUCCACCUAUGUUUAACACCCACUUACGUCAAGAAACGAAAAUUUAUAUCAGAGAACUAUAUUUAAACGAUGUAAAGAUUACAACUAAAGGUCUAAGUGUUGUAUUAAAUGCUUGUCCAAAUUUGAAAUCUUUACAUUUAAGAACUUGUAAAGAUAAGUUGGAGAUGAGCUCUGUUAAAAAAGUAAUUGAAGAAAUGUUUGGUCCUGAAGAAGUAUUAGAUGAUGCAAUUUCCGACUCGCAAUUGAUAAUCGAGGCUACUAGGAUUCCUAUAACUGAUACUGAUGAGACUACAAAUGCAGAGACUCCUACUCCAAAACUUCGUCCUUCCCACCCGUUACAACUUCAAACCAUUUAUUGGUAUAAUGAUCAUGAUAAUUGGAUAUGGUGGGUUCCAAAGGAUAAAGAUGAUCUCGAAAAUUUUUUACAAAAGUUAACCAAUAAUCCAAAGGUUACUAUUCAAGCUCCAUGGUGUGAUUUUUGUAAUAAACAAAGGGCUAGUUCCCAAGUCACUUGUUACGGAAAAUCUCAUGGAAGUCGUGAUAAUUAUUGGUACUUUUAUGGAUGCUUUGAAUGCACUGAUUAUGGUGAACUUCAAGCGUUCAAAUGUGAUGAUUGUGAAACUAAUUCUGAUGGUGAAACAAUUUUGGAACUUAAUGAACAACAACUACUACAAAAUGACAUUAUAGUACAAAUUCAAAUAGUGGCAGCUGGGGAUGCAAAUGUGGUU